AUGCCGCGCGAGAUCAUCACGCUGCAGGCGGGCCAGUGCGGCAACCAGAUCGGCAUGGAGUUCUGGAAGCAGCUGUGCGCGGAGCACGGCAUCUCGGCGGACGGCAUCGUGCAGGACUUCGCCACGUCGGGCCACGACCGCAAGGACGUCUUCUUCUACCAGGCGGACGACGAGCACUACAUCCCGCGCGCGCUGCUCAUGGACCUGGAGCCGCGCGUCAUCAACAGCAUCAGCACCUCCACCUUCAGGAACUUAUACAACCCGGAGAACUUCUUCGUGUCCAAGGAAGGAGGCGGCGCCGGCAACAACUGGGCGUCCGGGUACCACCAGGGCGAGAGCCACCACGACCAGCUCAUGGAGAUGAUCGACCGCGAGGCCGACGGCUCCGACAGCCUCGAGGGCUUCGUGCUGUGCCACUCCAUUGCCGGCGGCACGGGCUCGGGCAUGGGCUCGUACCUGCUCGAGAACCUCAACGACCACUUCCCCAAGAAGCUCAUCCAGACGUACUCGGUCUUCCCCAACCAGUCGGACUUCCAGAGCGACGUGGUGGUGCAGCCCUACAACUCGCUGCUGACGAUGAAGCGACUCGUGCUCAACGCCGACUCGGUCGUGGUGCUGGACAACACGGCGCUGAACCGGAUUGCCGUCGAGCGCCUGCGUGUCGAGAACCCCACGGUCUCGCAGUUGAAUUCUCUAGUGUCUACAGUCAUGGCGGCUAGCACCACGACGCUGAGGUACCCUGGAUACAUGAACAACGACCUGAUCGGCCUCGUGGCGUCCCUGAUUCCGACCCCGCGCUGCCACUUCUUGAUGACGGGCUACACGCCGCUGACCAUCGACGCGCAGGUGUCGGCGGUGCGCAAGACCACGGUGCUGGACGUCAUGCGGCGUCUGCUGCAGCCCAAGAACAUCAUGGUCAGCACGUCCACCAAGACGGGCUGCUACAUCUCGAUCCUCAACAUCAUCCAAGGCGACGUGGACCCGACCCAAGUGCACAAGUCGCUGCAGCGCAUCCGCGAGCGCAAGCUCGCGCGCUUCAUCCCGUGGGGACCCGCGUCCAUCCAAGUGGCGCUCUCGCGCAAGUCGCCGUACGUCGAGACGGCGCACAAGGUGAACGGGUUGAUGCUGGCCAACCACACGAGCAUCGGCGCGCUGUUCCACAAGCUGCUGCUGCAGUACGACCGGCUCAAGAAGCACGGCGCCUUCAUCGAGAACUACCGCAAAGAACCCAUGUUCGCCGAGAACCUGGACGAGUUCGACAGCGCGCGCGAGGUGGUGCAGAACCUCGUGGACGAGUACAAGGCCAGCGAGCGCGCCGACUAUGCCACCGCCGCCAGCGCCAUGGACGACAUCCGCAUGUCCCACUAG